AUGGAUGAUAACGAACCUCAACCUGUGCCCGAAGAUCCCCUCGCAAACGCAACGACCCUCUACGUGGGCAACCUUUCUUUUUACACCACAGAAGAACAGGUCUACGAGCUCUUCUCGAAGUGCGGCGAGAUUAAGCGCCUUGUGAUGGGACUAGAUCGUUUUAACAAAACGCCCUGCGGCUUCUGCUUCGUCGAAUAUUACACCCACCAGGACGCCCUCGACUGCAUGAAGUACAUCGGCGGGACCAAGCUCGACGAACGCGUUAUCCGGACCGACCUGGACCCAGGAUUCGAGGAAGGCCGCCAGUACGGCCGCGGCAAGAGCGGCGGACAGGUUCGCGACGAAUACCGCGAGGAUUACGAUGAGGGCCGUGGCGGUCUUGGCCGUGCCCUGCAGCAGGAGCAGCGCUUGCGUGAGAGUAGGGAGAAUAAGGGGCCCGAGGCCGAGUACGGACGGUUGAAAUAG